AUGGCGGGUAAAGGACAAUCUGAUGAGAAGUGUCGGUUGCGGACCUUUUGUUACACGAAGUACAUUGUUGAAAUUAACGGCUUGCUUUUGGAUAGCCAUCGUGCAAGGCUACAAGAUACACCAUUCCAAUGGUGUUUGCAGAUAGUGAAACCGUUACAAAUAUGUAAUCCCCUUAUGCUGGAGAUGCUGAAGCGAUGGUUACUGGCUCAGGAAUCUUUUCGUGUCAUGCAACGAUGUAUUCCAUUAAGUUGUGGUGAUAUCUCCAUGUGCUUAGGAUUGGGUGGUGUUGGGGUGGAUGUGGAAUUUGAUAAAAAUAUAUGUGGUGUUGUCGGGUCAGUUAUGAAAGAUAAAUUACUAACAGUUGAAAAUGUUAUUAAUGUCAUUAAGAGUUUGCUAGAGGCUGAGUUUGUUGAUGUUGAUAAUGUUUGCCGUUUGUAUAUUUUAGUUUGUUUUGCUGUCCUAUACUUCCCUAGGAAUUCAAGAACUAUUAGUAAUAUUCCGUUCAGUGUUUUAGACAAUAUAGAUAGAUUGUCCACUUACAACUGGGGUAAAGCAGUCCAUACAUAUCUGGUAAAAAGUUUAAGUCGUGCCUUUUUGGCAUUUGGUCAAACGGAAAUUUGCUUAAGCGGCUCAACAACAGUUUUGCAGAUUUUUUUGGAAUGGAGGUUGAGAGAAGAAGACCAUGAGAAUGAAAUUAUUCGAGAAGCCUUGCAACUUGGACACGAAGGGCAAUCCAAAAAAGCGCAUGUAGAUAACAACGCCGCGUCGACGCAAGACUUGUUAAAGAAGCUGCGAAAGCAUGGAAGACGCCUACAGAAGUUGAAGAAGCACAUGACGGAAUUGCGUGAAGAAAUAUUGUCUAGGUCUCAUGUAGAGGAUGAAGAAGAUGGAGAAAAUGUUGACGAGAAGGGUGCGGAAGGUGUACACAAAGAAGGCGAUGUUAAGGUUGAGGUUGAAGAGCAUGAGCAGGAAGAUGACAUUGGUGAACGUGUUCAUAAAGGUUUUGAUUUGAACUCCGAAUCUGAUGUUGCCCAGUUUGGGAAGGUUUUAGCACUUCAAGUCAUUGCUCCAUAUGAUCCACAACAGCCAUCAUUUGAUUCAUUAGAGGUUGACUUGAUGAAGUUGUACAACACUAUUACUUAUGACCUUACUCCUUAUAGGUUGGUGGCCAAUAUAAAUGGCCAAAUUUUGGGUACCUCUGAAUGCUCUGGUUUUGGUCCUGCAAAUAAGGUGGACAAUAUGGCUAUUUUGUUCGGUGCAAGCACAAUGAUGUACUUUGAACGACGCAAAUAUAGUCAUGUCAAGCGAGUAGCUUUCAAUCCGUUAUAUACGUUGUUUGCCCCAACGGUGCAUGAAGGUCAUUGGUGGUGCUAUGCUGUAAAUUGUCAACAGAAGAAGCUUUAUGUCUUGGAUUCAAUUGGACAUUCGAAUAAAAUUCGCAAAAGAGUAGAUAACGUCAUUGCUCAUAAUAUGGGAUUGCUUUUUGGUAUGCUGUUGAAAUGUGGUGAUGAUGAAUAUCCAAUCUUUGAAGCAGAAUGCCACAAUACUCCUAUUCAACCAAACUUAUAUGUGUAUGACUGUGGGAUUAUUGUUCUUCAAAUGAUGGAGUUGUGGGAUGGUGAGAAGAAAUUUGAUGGCAAUACCAUGCCCAACUACAUCAAUGACCAACUACAACAGAUUAGGCAGCAAUACAUAUGGAAAUGGAUUUUAGAUGUAGACAACAUUCAGAGGCAAGAUGUGUUGCAGUACUAUGACUUGUUAGUUAGACGUUAG